AUGUCAGAUCAAUGCACCAAGGGCACUAAUUGGGGUGUGGUUUCCAUUGAUGAUAAAAAUUUAUGCAUGAAAUAUAAUCAGAGCAACAUAAUCAAAUUACCAUUGAAAAAAGUUGUGAAUUCGAACACUUAGAAGAAUGAUAUCGUCCUGUAAUUGAGUACAGAUGAUUAUGGAGAAAAGUAUAUAUAUAAUCAUAAUCUCUUAGUGAUGACAUGUUAUGCGAAGUCAGAUUUUUCAUUCCUCCUCAAGAGUAGGUAAGUUACUUGAAAUAAAUUAGAAAUUGAAACAAGAAAAGGACAAGAAAAAAUAAGAAAAUGAGGAAAAUUAAAAUAGCAUGGAGGAAGAGGAUGAAGGAGCAGAUGAAGAUGCUGANUAGUUCCUUGUUUAAUAAAAUUUCCAGCUUUUUUUAAUUAUCCAGAAACCAAGACAAAAAUUUAUAAGAUACAUAAAUUUUCUAUAUUAGAGAAACCGAUACUUGCCUAUCAUGAAGUUUAUUAUUCUGAAAUUCAAUAAUUUGAAAGAGAUAUUGAAUAAAACGUAUAUGUUAUUUUAUUCAAUUUAGAAACAAGAUGGCAAUUUUGAUAUAAAAUAACAUUGUUUUACUGAGUAAUAGUUAGAAAAGGCUCUAGAUUGGAUGAUUUAUUAAAUUAUUAGAUUUAAAAGUUUUAGUUAUGAAUCCCUAUUUAAAUCAAUAGAGUUGAUUUAUUAAUAUUUAAGUAAGUCAUAGCAGGUGGAAUUUAAGGAUUUAGAAUUAAUAAGCGGGUGCUGCAUUUAUUUAUCAUCAAAAACAGUUGAUUUAAAUCCAAUAUAUAUUGAUGAUUUAAUUAAUGAAGUAAAAUUGAAGUUAAUAUUUAGGUGUUAGAAUGCAGAUUUGACUAUUAAGAAGUUUUGAGAUAAGAGAAAUUAAUUUGCUAAGCACUUAAUUACAAUUUGCUUUGCAUUUGUUCAUUAUAAAUAGUUUAUCGAAUUAUGCAGGAAAUUAGUUCUAAAAUGGAGUAGAUGUAUGAUUCUGGAAAGAUUGAGAAUUUAAGGAAAUAAAUUUUGGAUAAUUUAUUAUUGAUGGAAUUUGGGAAAAAAUUUCGUUAGAUUUCUAAAGGCAAUCGGGCAGUUAGUUGCAUUUUAUUAACAAUGAUUGAAAAUAAGAUAGAUAAAAGUGUUGUAAUAAUUACAUUAUUAUUUAACGUGUUAAGCUGUUUUGGAGAGUGUAAAUCAUUUAGAAAUGAACAUAAAUUGGAUAGAGAGGAAUGUAAUUGA